CCUUAAAAUCUCUGCCUUAAACUGCACCAGCCCCCAAAAAAUCCAAGGGGGGAAAGAAGGGGGGGAGAGCAGAUUCCCCCCUCCCCCCUCUCCUCUCCCAUCCCUCCCCCUUCCUCCUCCCUUUGAGUUAACAAGGCCCUGCUCACUAUAUCUCUUUAUAUUAAAAAAUAUAUAUAUUAGAGAAGAGCGAGGGAGAGGGAGAACCACCUCCACCCCCUCUUUUUUUUUUUUAAUUUUUUAUUUAUUUAUUUAUUUUUUUGCAAGAAUCCCAAGAGCUAAGGUGGCUGCAGAGGGGAGAGCGGCGCGAGCCAAGUGGGGGGAGGGUGGAGGAAACCCGGGAGAAGGCUUUCUCCAGCCCCCAAAGUUUUGAUGAUGACCAUGACUACGAUGGCUGACGGCUUGGAAGGCCAGGACUCGUCCAAAUCCGCCUUCAUGGAGUUCGGGCAACAACAGCAGCAGCAACAGCAGCAGCAGCAGCAGCAGCAGCAACAGCAGCCGCCGCCGCCGCCGCCGCCACAGCCGCACUCGCAGCAGAGCUCCCCGGCCAUGGCAGGCGCGCACUACCCUCUGCACUGCCUGCACUCGGCGGCGGCGGCGGCGGCGGCGGCCGGCUCGCACCACCACCACCACCAGCACCACCACCACGGCUCGCCCUACGCGUCGGGCGGCGGCAACUCCUACAACCACCGCUCGCUCGCCGCCUACCCCUACAUGAGCCACUCGCAGCACAGCCCUUACCUCCAGUCCUACCACAACAGCAGCGCGGCCGCCCAGACGCGAGGGGACGACACAGAUCAACAAAAAACCACAGUGAUUGAAAACGGGGAAAUCAGGUUCAAUGGAAAAGGGAAAAAGAUUCGGAAGCCUCGGACCAUUUAUUCCAGCCUGCAGCUCCAGGCUUUAAACCACCGCUUUCAGCAAACUCAGUACCUGGCCCUUCCCGAGAGAGCUGAACUGGCAGCUUCCUUAGGACUGACACAAACACAGGUGAAGAUAUGGUUUCAGAACAAACGCUCUAAGUUUAAGAAAUUGCUGAAGCAGGGCAGUAACCCGCACGAGAGCGACCCCCUCCCGGGCUCAGCGGCCCUGUCACCGCGCUCGCCGGCGCUGCCUCCAGUGUGGGACGUUUCUGCCUCAGCCAAGGGCGUCAGUAUGCCCCCCAACAGCUACAUGCCUGGCUAUUCGCAUUGGUACUCCUCUCCACACCAGGACACGAUGCAGAGACCACAGAUGAUGUGAGUUGUCUGAGGGAAAUUGAUACCCUAGGGAAACGUCUGAACAAGGCAAGGAGGAUCCAGGACCUGCUUGCAUCUGCCAAACCCAGCCGAAGGAGCAGGCUCGGGAGAACUCUUCUGUGUGGCAAGACAGUCUGGGAGCUUGCUCGCCCUCUCGCGCUCUCUCCCCCUCUCUUCUCCUUCCCUUCCUUUCCUUCCCUCCUUUUCUUUUUCCCUUUCUUUUUCUCAUCUGCUUUUUCCCUUGAGCAGCCUCAGUAACUGCUUUUGCAUCUUAGAGAGAGAGAGAGAGUGAGUGAGAGAGAGAGAAACUGGUUUCUAUGCCAGUGCUCCUGAAACUCCUCACUGCAAGGACAUUUUCCCUUACCCUUUGGGAUCCAGGCUCUGAGCCUCCUCUUCUCUUUGGGAAUAUCCAUCAAAACGACUUUUUUUUAACAGACAUUUUCCCCCACCAGAAGAAUCUGCGCAAACAUGGCAGCGUUUUUACUUGUUUAAUGAGCUUAAGACAUUACAUGAUGAAAAAGAAGCAUUUCGGGCUCCUGCAUUUUUAUUUACCAAUCCCAGACUGACAAAACAAAACAAAACAAGAAAAAGAAAAGAGAAAGAAAAGAAAAAGAAAAAACCUUUACCUAACAGCCCUUCUUUAAAGAAAAAGGAAAAAUCGGCUGUAAGAUUAGAACAUUGCCACAAAGGGAACGCUGCAUGUUUUAUCAAAAUGCAAUGAGCAAGAAUGAUGAUGUUUAAAAAAAAAAAAAAAACAACAACAAAACAAAACCACUCUUUCCCCACCCCACCCCCAAACCCUGAACUGGAAUCAGGAAAGACAGAGGAAACAACCAAAAUCACCAUUCUAUUGCUUUGAUACCUUUACUAGGUGAAUUGGUGGCAUUCACUAAGCUAAUAGGGACGUUUAUAUUGAGAAACAUUUCUGUAUAUAUUGUUGAAUUUUAGUUGUACAUAUACUUUGUAUGGUUUUGUCUUCUUUCAUAUAUGGAGUAAAAGCCACAAAACGC